AUGUCGAACCAGUCCACUCGCCCUGGCGGCCUCGAGUCCCGCUCACAGUCCCAUGAGCCGCCCAGCAAACCCGCCUACCCCAGCUUGGGCACCCUGGCCAGCGCCAGCAUGAGCAACCUCUCGCUCGCCGACCUCCCCAGUCCCCGCGCGGGCGAAGUACCGCCUGCACUCUCCCCACUCGAUGCCCUCGCCCUCCAGGGACGAUUGCUAGCAAAGCGCUUCGAGCAGCAGGACAAAGCUGGCCGUCGCCUCAGUCGCCUGGCGCCCCUCACCAUCCAAAAUGAGUUUGGAAACCGCUCGGGCUACUUCUCCUCGCUGUCGUCGUCUACCGUCAACUCGCCUGACGAGGAUCACGGCAGCAUCAGCCAGCCACGGCCUGAGCCUUCGCCGCGUCAAGAGGGGCUAGAGAGACACAAGUCCGUCUAUCCCCAGAUUAGCAGCGACGACUCGCAGUAUGCUGCCUCGCUUCCUGCGCGGAGUCCCAUGGCUCCAAUCGCAGAGAGCAGUCCUGCCACAACGCCUCCACAAAGCUACUUCGACAUCCCGAGAUCUCACUCUCCAGAAUCAGGAGAUUUCCACAUGGGCUUGCGCGAAGCGACGCCUGUCAGCCCCAUGGCGCCUGCACCCACAUCGCAACAAUUCCUGAGCCCACAACGGAAACCAUCUAUUGAAUCUCAAACUCGAUCGCAACCACGGUCCAAUCUUCUUCCUCCGCGAUCCUCUGGCUCCCUGCACUCCCAGCGCUCGCCGAGACUAUCUCCAAGCGUUCGAUCAGUUCGUGAGGACAGUUCUGAUGAAGUCGAAGACAUUUCGCUGAGCGGCUCCUACGACUCCAUACAGCAAAAUCGCAAUCUGACACCCAGUUCUAGCCUAUCUAGGGCGCAAUCGCCCUUUAGCCCCACCACUGGCUCUUUCGUGCCUCGGUCGCCAUCCGUGUCCUCCAACUACUCGGCCAAUGGGUCGCAACUUCCUCGUCCCUCCUACAAUUUCUCCAGACCGAUGAGUAGACAGAGCACAAGGCCGUCCAUCGACACCCGACCCUCAAUGGAUGCACCACAGCGCCAGCACUCUGAAGAGAGUGUAUACAUGAGACCGUCCUUUGACAGCCAGACCAUGCCGCAAGAUCAGAACGAGAGCCCAAUCACAAACUACUCGAAUGAGACGGUUCAUACGCCUGUAAGUAUGGCCAGCGAAGACUUCCGUCGAUCAGGCGACUUUGCCAAUAACCCCGCACCUACAUACACGUAUACAAAAUUCAACUUGCCUCGCGGAAGGAAGCUUGAUAGGCGCUCAGUCGGCAUUGAAGACUUCUUCAAGCGGGAGAUUACUUGGGAUAACCCAUCGCAGAAUCAGGAACGACCCCCUUCGCCGGAUUCUCCGCCUCGCAACAUGCAACAGCCAGCACAGCACCAGAGAACCACUACUCGAGAUAUGUCCACCGACCGCGGCGCACCCUCCCUCGUCUCCAGUAAUAGCACCAUUCGCGGGCCCUCAGGUGGUACAGAGAUCACUGCACAGCAGCAUUGCGACAUGGGUAUAGAACUCCACGAAAAGGGCGAACUCCUAAAGUCGACCUACCAUCUCCGCCUAGCUGCACGAGCAGGUUUGCCAGAAGCCAUGUUCUGGUAUGGUCUAGCCUGUCGACACGGCUGGGGCAUGCGUGAGAACAAGGCCGAGGCAUUGCAAUGGCUUCGUCGCGCAGUUGAUUCGGGUCAGCUCGAGGUCGCGGUCGAUGAAGAUCAAUCCAAGCAAGGCCUGCCAACCGAUCUCUUGAAAAAGAAGCAACAUCAAGCACAGUAUGCCGUAGCCAUCUACGAACUUGGCAAGUGCUACGGCAACGGCUGGGGUGCUCCCACAGACAAGCCACUGGCGCUGCGAUGCUAUGAGAUUGCUGGUAACUGGGGCGACGCUGACGCGCUUGUCGAGGCUGGCUACUGCUACGCGGAGGGAGUUGGCUGCAAGAAGGACAUGAAGAAGGCUGCCAAGUUCUACCGAGCGGCAGAGGCCAAGGGAGUCAGCAUGGUCGGUAACAGUUGGAUCUACAAGGACAAGUACAUGGAUGACAGUCCCCCUGCUGAUGCACGAUCCGUUCGAUCUGGUCGUUCCACCAAGAAAGACACCUCUUCAGAGAAGAAGCCUCGCGACAAGAGCCGCACCCGUACCAUCUUCAGCCGCAAGAAGAGCACCUCCAACGCUUGA